AUCAAAAGUCUUUGAGAUAAAAACGUUGCUGUAACACAUAUAAACAUAGGUUAUGUAGCAUUCAUUUCAAGUGUCAUGUAUUAAAAAUAUUAAAAUAAUACGAUUUAAGUAUUUAAGUAAUACAGUCCGUAUUUUACAUUCAAAUGAAUGUCCUCUGUGAAUUAUAUAGAAUCCGUUUUUGCAGAUCUUAACACUAUGCCACAAAACAUUCAUUUUGCCAUUUUAUCUGGUAUAUGUGCGUCAACAGCUAGCACGUUUGGAAAGUUAUCUUGGUUGCCUAUAUUACAGGAAUACAUCUUAAUAAGAAUAGCAUUUUUCGCGUGUAUGGUGGUAUGUAACGGAGCAGUAUGGACCUUAUUUGUAAAAGCUCUUCAACAGACAAAUUCUUCUCUUAACGCCACUGUGAUUUCUUCAGCAUCUAAUUACGUAUUUUCAGCAGUAACAGGAUUCGUUUUGUUUGGGGAAAUAACUUCCUUACUUUGGUGGUCAGGAAUGUUUCUCAUUAUAGUCGGUCUGCUUUUGGUACUGUCAAACGACUCUAGUGUUGAUAAAAGUAUUUUAAAUAAAAAUCAAUAGUUAUGUCCAAUUUUUGUUAUAAAAUAUAUUCAUUUAAACCA